AUGUCGCGGAGCAUGACAGCGAGGAGCAAGGAGCUCAUCUCGUCACUGCCGCCGAAUCUGGUGGAGGCCAUCCCUGCAUCCAAGCGGCCAAAGCAACAGCCCGCUCCACAAGACCACAGCAACAAGGAUGGCAGCGAUAAUGCAAGCCAAUCACAGCAACGACAACAGCAACAAAAGACGACAACAUCAGACAAGGCCACCAAGGAGGACGGCAACAAGACAAACAUGCAGCUGCAGACGCGCGAUGCCAGUAAGCUGACACUUGCCGUGCCGGGCCAGCAAACGCAGAGGAGGAAGAAGAAGAAGCUGGUGCUCGAGGAGGACGAGUACGUGUCGGCACUGGAGAAGAUCAUCCAGCGCGACUUCUUCCCGGAUUUGCCGAUGCUGCAGGCGCAAGCAGACUAUCUCGACGCCCUCGAAUCAAACGACCUUGACCGCAUGCGCGAGAUUAAGCUCCGCUUCCAGACACCGGCGCAGCGCCGCAGCGGCACCAACGCCGUCGGCACAGCAGCAGCAGCUUCCAAGACCAGGGCGGCAAAGCGGCGGGCACAGCAGGCGGAGCCCUUUAACACGCCCUUGACAACGCCGCAACGCACAGACCCUGACGCUGCUGAUGCUGCUUCGGACACUGCCCACACCAGCAGCAGCGGCGCGGCCAACCUCGAAGACACGCCAGGGCCAGCGACGAGGACGCGUGGAGGCGUAAAAGAUGCAGAGCGGCGGCAGCAGCACAGGGACGCAGCACAGGGCGAAGGCGGCAGGAAGGGCGUGGACACGUCGCUGUCACUGAACCAGUUCCUGAACAAGUACACGAGCGAAGACAACGCGUCCUUUGAGAAGAUUAUCGAGGACACCAACGAGCGCAUGGCUGAGCAGUACCGCAAGUACUAUGGCGAGGUGAGCGCCAAGUCGAAACUCGCGCUUGAGCAGGCGCAGAACGACAAGCCGCUCGGGCUUGGCUACGAGAUUGACACGUGGCGAUAUGUGCCGCGGAAUGCGCUCAUGUACGGCCCGCAGUCGCAGGCGCUGACGGCAGCAGACCUGAUCCGCAUGAGCGAUGAGCAGCGCACGCGCAUCAACCACCACAACACCCGCUUCACGCGCGACCCAUAUGCCGGGCGCACGGGGACGGUGGGUACAGCAGGCACGAGAACACGCAGCACGCUUGGCGGCGGUGCUGGUGGUGUUGGCGGUGGUAAGCACGUGGUUGAUCUUGCAGCAAGGCAGCUGGGGCAACCUGGUGUCGAUGGCGACGCUGGCGCCACGCCGCAGGUCAACGGAUACAAGCUGGUGGCAACACCAUCGCCGAUGCCCGGCCGCGAUAUGGACCCGCUCAUGACGUGGGGCGAGAUUGAGGGCACGCCGUUCCGCCUGGACGCGGGGAGCAGCGUGCCGGCCACACCUGGGCCCGUUUUCAACAUCCCCCCGCUCAAGCCGCGGGAGCAGGUGGCACGGGACCUCGCUGAUAAGGCCACGCGCAGCAAGCGGAAGAGCAAACAACAGCACCAGCAGCAGCACACAUCGUCACGCCACGCAUCGGCUGCACGUGGGGUGACGCCCACGACGGCCAAGGCCAGCGAGCGGCUGCGGACAAUGACGCCGGCGGCGCAGCGACUGGCGCAGACGCUGUGGGGGCGGACGGGCACAACACCCGCACGCACAUCAUCAUCAUCAUCAUCAUCAUCAUCAACACUGUCGUCAUCGCGACGAGCAACACCGUCCCUCAACGCAGCGCUGCGCAGUGCACACAGGGGGCAGACGGGGAGCAAGCGCGCCACGCCGCUGUCAUCGUACACACGUCGCACGCCCGCGGUCACACCCGUUGCGACGCCAAAGGGGGCAGCGGCACACACCCCCGUCACGCGCAGCCGUGAUGACGACAGUGUUGGUGUUGGCGAGGACAGGACCAGCACGCAGGAGCCAAGCAGCAUCACAGACAACUUGUUGUAA